CUUCUAAAUUCCUGCAUGUUUCUUGUUCAGUCAUGGAGUGGCGAGGAGAACCUAGAGAAGAAGAAGAGUGAAUGGGAGUUUACUCCAGCUGAAGGAGCCACCGAAGAACCAUCUUUCAGAAUACAUAUUGUCCAGGAUUACAGAACAUUCUGGGUGGAUAUCCUGGUUACCCCCUCCACCCACCAAGGAGAAGAUGUUGAAAGAUUUGCUCCAGUUACUGAAGGAUCCGAGGUUUAUGAUUUCAGCGGAGAACGAGAGCUGAGUGGAGAACCAGGACUAAAUGGAGACCCAGAAUUGAAUGGAGAAUUCAGUGGAGAUGGAGAACAGUUGGAAGUACCGAACUAAAUGGAGAAGAUUAUUUGGGAAUAUAUCCAAUACAAAAAUUUGCGUGAAUUAUAAAAUUGUUGUUUAUGUACGAAAUUUCUUUCGAUUGGAAAUUACUGCUCAUUUUAGGACGGAAAUUGCAGUUUCUUUUAGAGGUUUCAGGCACCAUUUAUAAUCUAAAUCAUGGUUUAACUCAUACACAUAUCCCAAC